GAGAUUACUUUUACCCUACUGUCGACUAUGGAGUCAGAACGGGCAGACAUGCCUUGGUAUAGACAGCCGCAGAACCCGAUCCCAUUCUCUAUAAACCGGAAGAUAACUUCGAAUGAUCCUGCCCGAAGUGCAUUCACUUCCGUUGCUAGUUUUCCUUGGUCUAUGUCUUCCUUGUCAAACCUUUGUGACGGGAGCCUGGACAGCGGGAAUGCACGAUCUCAGUGGACCCAAGUCGUCCAGGAUUGUUCAGGCGCCUCAGUGGUGGGCGCGAAAGGCAGAAUAUAUAUCAUGCCUCGUCCUGGUGAACGGCGGACGCCUUUGUGCGUAAGGGUUCCUGAAGGGGACAAUCAUUUACAUAGCGCCGAUAUACGAUGUGUUGCUUGGGCUAUGUGUUCUCUUCUGGUCCCGGAAGUGGUGGUCCUCUUCGCAGCCGCAAGUUUGCUGUACGUAGUGGAUGUUAGAAGGCACGGCAUUAUCGGUUAUCUCCGUGGUCACGGCGGCCCAAUAACGUCGAUUUCUGUGCAUCCAGUACAUCCAUACAUAAUCUGUACUACGUCCAGAGACUUCACCACGAGGAUCUAUGAUCUCACACAAACUCCCGCUCAAUACCCGAAUAAUCCGCACUGGCCUCCAUCAAAGGAGCCUAGUAUGGCUGGAGCUGCCUUUGGCCUGCAAAUGUCGGAACCUGAGGGUCAAGGAGUCGGUCGCUGUGUAGCCGUACUGGCG